CGUUGGGUACUAAGACUACAUUACGCCGGUACAGCUGUUUGGCAAACAUAUUGCUUAACGUUAGCAUCGCUGAAGUGUGGGUCGUGUCUCAUGGAAAGGAUGUGAUGUAGAAGAAGCGCAGUUAUAUCUUUAUAUUUAAUAGUGGUAUUGACGGCGAUGGUGAACUGUAACUGAAAAUGUUUGGAUUGUGUCGAUCUGUAGACAUUUAAUUAAACGUGUACGUUAUAAUAAUUAGACUAAAGUUCGCCAUUAAAAACUGGACUGUGUUAAAAUGUUAGUGCAGGCUGUAAUGUAAUCCACACAAAUGAGUAGUGGUCCCUCCCCUCCUUGUGAUAACGUACAGCAAAACCGCUGGCCAGUCGUUACAGCACUUAUACCCCAGUUUGCUUCUGAUUGUUGUAUACUUCUGACAAACGGCUCGUGCGUGGUCUUGGCUGAGCACAGCAAUGAUGAUUAAGAACCAGCCAGUGCAUGGGAGGUUUCGGAUUUUUGCUAUCUUCUGUUUUAUGCUGAUGGUGUACUGGCGAACAAGCUAUGUUUUAGCUAACAAUGCAACAGAAAACAUUACCAUCUUUACAGAAAUUCUUGAUAGACUCCUAGAUGGCUAUGAUAAUCGUCUUAGACCAGGAUUAGGAGACAGAGUAACAGAAGUUCAUACAGACAUUUAUGUUACCAGUUUUGGACCUGUUUCAGACACAGAUAUGGAAUACACGAUAGAUGUAUUUUUCCGUCAAAAAUGGGUAGAUGAAAGAUUAACGUUUAAAGGUCCAAUGAGAGUUCUUCGAUUAAACAAUCUUAUGGCAAGCAAAAUAUGGACUCCUGAUACAUUUUUUCAUAAUGGGAAGAAAUCAAUUGCUCACAACAUGACAAUGCCCAACAAACUGUUAAGAAUUCAAGAGGAUGGCACUCUACUAUAUACAAUGAGACUUACAGUCCAAGCUGAGUGUCCAAUGCAUCUCGAAGACUUUCCUAUGGAUGCCCAUUCUUGCCCAUUAAAAUUUGGUAGCUAUGCAUACACAACAUCAGAAGUGACAUACAUCUGGACACACAAUGUAUCAACAUCUGUGGUAGUUGCUCCAGAUGGCUCUAGACUGAACCAGUAUGACUUGUUAGGACAGUCUGUGGCACAAGAAACAAUUAAAUCAAGUACAGGAGAAUAUACAGUAAUGACAACACAUUUUCAUUUGAAGAGAAAGAUUGGUUACUUUGUGAUCCAGACCUACCUGCCUUGCAUCAUGACAGUCAUACUGAGCCAGGUGUCUUUCUGGUUGAACAGAGAGUCAGUACCUGCAAGGACUGUUUUUGGUGUAACAACUGUGCUAACUAUGACAACACUAAGUAUCAGUGCUCGUAAUUCCCUUCCAAAAGUAGCUUAUGCUACAGCUAUGGAUUGGUUUAUUGCUGUCUGCUAUGCAUUUGUUUUUUCUGCACUGAUUGAAUUUGCCACGGUGAACUACUUCACAAAACGUGGCUGGGCAUGGGAUGGAAAAAGUGUUGUGAAUGAGAAGAUUAAACAUGGAAGUUUGUUGAAGAUGGCAGGAGACUGUGAAGGGAGUUUGGUGAUAGUCAAUGAUUACUGUAUGGAUACACUGAAAAAAGAAAAAGCAUCUGUCAUUAAGAAGAAUAAUGCAUAUGCAGUAGCUGUAGCAAACUAUGCACCAAGUAUCACUAAGGAUUCUGUGCUGCCCACUAUUUCAAAAAGUGCUACUGUAGAGCCGAACAAGGCAAAGCCUGAAGCAAAGCCUCAAGAAGCCAAGAAGACAUUCAACAGUGUAAGCAAAAUUGACAGGAUGUCCAGAAUAGUAUUUCCUGUUUUAUUUGGAACUUUCAACUUAGUGUACUGGGCAACAUAUUUGAACAGGGAGCCUAUCUUAAAGGGGUUUCCACAACCACAGUAAUUAAUUGUUUAUACAUUUACAUUUCUGAAAUUUCAAAAGGUUACAAGACAAGUGCAACUACUAACUGCUAAUCUGAGAACCUAGAUUACAACUGCAGUGGUCUAAUGUGACUGUGAAGGACAAACAAUUGGUAGAUAAACAGUAAAAAAUUUAAAAUGCUACUUUGCACAGGAUACUAUCUGGGUUGUAUUCAAAACUGCCUUUUUUAAGUCUUGUUAGAAUGACCAAUGUAUCCAUGCACAUUUCAAAAUGAUCUAAUGAAAGAAUGUUUUUAUUUAUAACAUUCCAGUAAUGAUCAGAUAUGUUUCUUGUAAAGUCAAAGCCUAUCAAUUGAAGUGAAAGCUGCUUGAACUUUAACUACUGUAAUUUUACAAAGUCUGUACACUGUUCCCCAACUUUUAAGUCCCUAAAGCAGAUUUGCUCCUUGUAAGACAUUUUGUUUUACAGUCUUAAAACAUAUAAACCAGAGUUUAGGGUUUAAUAGUUUUCACUGUUCCUCAGAUUUCUGCUAGAGGAUGCAAAGGUUUAAAGUCCAGAUCAUGCUGAUGACAGUAAGGGUUAGCAAUCUUUUUGCUGCAUGGCGGUUUGUCUUUGUUUGUCUUAUUGUUGACUCAUUUAUGGAAUUGUAUCAUUUGAGACUUGCUUAUUUGCUACCCCAUUCAGGACUCUUGUAUGAAAAUAAAUUGACAGCACUGAAAUAUUUCUUCAUGGCUUCGUUUCUCUGUAUUCUAGCCCAACAACUCUGUAUAUCUGGACUUUUUUCAAUAUUUUCUGAUGUAGCUUCAUAAAUAAUUUGCCAGUUUUCAUAACUGGUAAAAUAACAUGAUAUUCACAUAUAAUUAUAGUUAAUAAUGAGGCUUCAUUGAAUGCAAGUUAAAUGCAAUGAUCUACAUUUAACAGUAAAGGCACUCAGUGUUAUUUCUCCUUUCUUAGAUAUGUUCCUUUUUUAUGAUGGACAUUAUCUUACCAUUUAAUGUUGCUUAUGUUCUGAGUUUUAUUUAUGCUUGGUAUAGGUGUUGUAUGAAAGGUAAAGCCUAAGCAAGAAAGGGAGAGUCACUGAAGUGAAGCUGAGCCCUGCAGUUUACUCAGGUUUCUUAUCUACACAUCACAGUCCACAUUUUUAUGCACUGUACUAAAUGAGAGAAUUAAUUAGCAAAAUCCAUCUUGUUUGAUUUAAUCAAACCACAGAUAAAAGCAGGAGACACAGCACUGAGAAUGGCAGAUAGCUUAGCAGGCUAUCAGUGAUAAAAGGCUAAGAAGAUAGAUAGAUAGAUAGAUAGAUAGAUAGAUAGAUAGAUAGAUAGAUAGAUAGAUAGAGGCAGGCAAGCAGAUACAUGUAAUGAUUGCUCACACAUUUUAGAAGUAUUCCUUCAAAAUAUGGAAAGUAAUUUGCUUUCCAAAAAUGAUCAGUGGAAAAAUGACUGUUGUUUGCAUUAAUCUGCAUUAGCAGUUACUAGUUGACAUUAACAAAUGGUUACACUUUUGUAAUGGUGUUUUUGUAAUUAAUUAAUUAUGUAUUAGCUAUGUGUGAAUUAUUGCUGUGUUGUAAAGUACUGAGGUGUAGUGUAUAAAUUAUUUGUGUUCUAAAAUCAACACAAGCAGCAUAUAGAUUUGAAAAUGACAAAACCUUUGCUCACAGCACCCAGUUGCCAUUUUAAAUCAUCACAUUUUGUUUGUUUUAGAAAUGUGGUUAUUUUGUGCUCUGCACAUCGGUACCAAUAGUAAGCCAGAAUGUGCAUGGCAAAGAAUGAUCAUAAGGCUCAAUGUGUUGCUAGAAGAAAUUAUAUUAUUUUGCAUAUCUGUAAUUCAAUUAAGUUGGAAGGAUUUGAUGAAAGUAGUUGAGACAACACUUUUAUUCCAUUACACAUAUCAAUGAUUGUGUCUAUUGUGUUGAACUUAGAACUGUGUUGAAUAAGCACUUUACUUAUUAUGACUUUGAAUGCAUCAUUUCAUUUUUCUAAUAUUUAUCAAGUUUCCAUGGAAGACUGUAUCUUUUGUUGUCUUGAUCUUCCUUACGUAUAAUGGCGUGUGCAAUAUCUGUACUAUGUGUUGUGUAAUCAUAAGCAAUAACAUAGUUUCCUUUCACAGACACAGCUAACACACAUGGUUCAUUACAGAUACACAUUUCUGCCUGGAAAAAGCAGAAAUCCAUAUAUCACGUAAUGUCUAAAUUAUGCCUUUAUGAAGCUGUUAAAGAUGGUUAUUUUCUCAUGACGUCUUUUAAAGAAAGUCGGAAAAAUUUAAUAUAGCUGAUUUCUUUUUCAUGGAAAUGCUUAAAAAUGUUUGAUAUACAUUUUCUCUACUGUAUAAUUCUUAAUUCAAAAAAGUUAUUUAGUAGCAUCAGAAAGACAAAAAAUGGUCAAGCAUCAAACAGCUGACAUCAGGCACCAUGUUUGUUUUUCAGGCUGUUCAGCAAGACUUUAUCAAUAUAAGAAGCAAGAACUUACUUAAAAAAGAAAUACAUCUGACAUUGUAUCAGUCAUGCACAGUCUUUGUAGGUUGUUUGGUGAGAAUAUUAUUCCCUAAAUUUCCAUGUUCAUUUAGCAUACAAGAUAAAAUAAUUGAGCCAACCUGUUUAAAUCAUUUCUGCAAUAAAAUAAGUGCACUAAUUUAUACCAUCUCCACAUAUCAUUAACAUACAGAAGCAAGUAAUGUCAUUUAUUGUAUACAUUACAUGCUGUCUGCAUUACUUGCUGUUAUUAUUAUAUGUCAUACUGAAUAUACCUUAAUUAUUUCCAAAAUGUAUUUUUUCAGCAUGUUUGCUGAUAUAGAAUAAUUUAAGUACUACAUACUUAUUGUCUUCAUUUUAACAAAAUUGCUAAUGUAGAAAUCCAGUCAUUUGGUCAAUGACUAUUUCACCAAAGCUUGUUCUGUUUGGACCAGACAUCUAAGGAAAGCUUUCAGACUUCACAAAUAAUAACAGUGAAGUUUUGCAACCUUGGAGUUAAUUCUAUUUAAAUAAGGGUGUGGAGGAGUAUCCUCUUACAAGAGGUUAUCAGGGGUGUUGUUCCUCUUGCAGAACAUUCAGAUGCUGUGUUGAAAAGGCUUUGCUAAAGGGGCCAUCAUCAGAUAGUAUUAUAUGUGCCUGCUUAGCUUUUGCUAUGCAGAAAUGUUCCACGUGUUGUUUUGCCUAGUGACAACUAUUAGCAGAUGCUAUAACUUGUGUUGUAAUGCCAUCAUGCAUUCUGUGUAGUGCAGUAUAAUGUUAUGUUAUAGCAUUAUACUGUGCAUGUUUUAAUUAAAUCUUGGACUUGUUCUGUAGUGUUGUAAGGACAGAUGCCUUGCCAAAUAAUAAUAAUAUCCUGCAGAAUGGAAUUCCGCCCCUCACUAAGCCGUACUAUUCUUGUUACCGCUACCUGUUGUCACAGGGAAAAGCUGUAGCACACAUACUGCUAAUUUCUUAUCCAAAUGAUCUAGUCUAAUAUUGAUACAACAUUCCUUACUGUGAGUUCCUUGGUGAUCAGAUACAUGACAAUGAGACUUUUCCACUAUAAAUCUGUUUUUGAAAUGUGUUUUAUGCAGUUAAAAUGGCAAUUUUACUGCAAAUAAGAAACAGUAUAUUUUUACACAUUUUCUCAUAAACAUUAACUUGUACAAUGUUUAUAACAUUGUAUUUACCAAAUUAUCACUUUUGCUGGCAUAGUAAAUAAGACUGUGGAGCCUUUUGUAACAUAUAAGUUAGUUCUAAAUAAAGUAUUAUAGAAAUAUUUUAUGUAAAAGAAAUUAUAAAACGUAAUAAUGCACAUUUAACAUGAUCAGCUAUUCAUGUGUCAUAGUCCAUAUAUUGACAGCUUUAAAACUGAAAUAAGUUAAUGAUGUGAAAGUUUGCAAAACAAUAUAGUGUGUGUCUAUGAGACAUUUGUUUUCAGUCCAUUCCAACCCUGUAUACACAUGCCAUAUAUAUUUUAUGUGUUACAUUUCAGGCAAUUCAAAAGACUCACAAAGUUGUAACUCAUACUGUUUCAUAGUGGGACCACACAGCAUAAAGGCUCAAUGUCACUCUCAAGUAAUCAGAAGGCUGCUGUAUAUGCAGUGCUAAUCAGCAAAGACAGUGUUUGUCAAUGAUUGUAUAAUGUAUACUCACUUUUGUUUAAUAUCAGAGGAAGUGGAAAGAAACAUUUAUUCAUGCAGCAGCAAAUUGCUAUAAAACAUAUUUUAUCAAGUUACGCCAUGUGUGAAAGCUGUUUGUAUUUGACUUUUUAUUACUAUCUACAAUAAGCAGCAACAAAAAUUUUGCCAACUAGUUAUGAUCACCAGAAGAGAACUAUGUGGAUCAGCCAAGCAUCAGAUGUCAUUGUUUUCUGUGUUUUUCAUCCUCUAAUGCUAGAUUUUAUCACAAAGUAAUUUCUCUUGUGUGAAGUGGAUCCCACAAAAACUCAGAGUAUUUAUUGACUACCAGGAGUCCUUCACUUUUUCACUUUAUAGAGUACUAAAUGUAAAGUGAACAUUUUUCAUGAUGUGCAAUUGUUUUUUUUUCCCCAAGGCUGUGUGAAUGACAGCUAUUAAAAAAUAAUUUGCCUGUAAAAUCAAAUUGGUUAUGUAUCUAUCCACUGUAUUUCAGUCAGUAUUUGUAUUACAGAUGUAAGAGCACUGACAAAAAAGUUAAUAUGCCAGUUAAAGAGAAUAUUAACUUUUAUAUGGUGAUUUUUGAAUAAGACAUAUAAGAUGCUCUUGAAGAAAUUUCACACCUUUUGUGUAGUAAACAUAUUUGCAUUUGUGCCAUGAUGUCAUCUUGAUUAAUGUAGAUAAUUACAACUAAAUGGUCACAGAAGUAUUUAAUGAAAAGUAAAUGCCAAAAGAGAUGUCUAUGGAGCACUUCAGACAUCUUGAAAAAAAGCUGGACAUUGCUAUAAAGUUGCAUACACAAUUGUCAAGUGUUUUCUUAUUUUUUUUCAGGGUAUGAAUAUGGUUCAGACAAAAUGUCACACGAGUACUGCAGAGCACUGUUAGCUAUGUUAUCUUUACAUAAGAUUUUUUUUUUAUUCCAGAUUUGUUUAGAAUUAAGUUGAAAAUUUAAUACAAAUAAAAAAGUUACUUUUACCCUGA